CCGACACUCGCUCGUCAACUCCACCAUUACUCGGCCUGAACUUGACCCUCCCCUCCUCCCCCGAUACGACACCCACUUCCUCCCGCACUACGACUCCCUCUCUCCAGGACAAGUCGUCCCAGGCUCUCAGCCUGUCCAACGUGGCCGGGGUCUUCUACAUCCUUGUGGGCGGCCUUGGCCUGGCCAUGCUGGUGGCCCUGGUCGAGUUCUGCUACAAGUCUCGGGCUGAAGCCAAGCGCAUGAAGCUGUCAUUUUCCGAAGCCAUGCGGAACAAGGCCCGUCUAUCCAUCACAGGAAGUGUGGGGGAGAAUGGCCGCGUCCUGACGCCAGACUGCCCCAAAGCCGUGCAUGCUGGCCACGCCUCCUUCCGACACCACGGCCUUGCAGUGGUCUCCUCCGGACUGCCCUGAAAACCAAAAACACCUGUUGUGCCUUAACGACACACACACACACAAACACACACACAGUGACUUCGACAAGGACACACACGGGCAUACAGUACAAUCUCUCACAUCCUAACAUAUCACAUAUAACACACACACACAUAAAGCUACCGAAGCUCAAAUACACAGAACACACAGCUUUACACACUUGAAUACACAAACACACAUUGCUCAUCAUCAUCACACUUUCCUGUUGCCAUUGACUUAUUUUACAAGAGACAAGUGAAAUACUACUGUGUAUUGAACAGCGGAGGAAAAAAGAAGAAAACAAAGGACAAGUGACUAUCCCACUUGCCUGCAGCGUUCAUUCUUUUUUUCCUUUGUGUUUGGGAGGAUACCAUCCUGAUAUCAACGAAUCAGCAGGAGAGCCAGCAAAGACAUAAUAUAGAUACAAAUAUGAGCUGUGAACAUGACGACCGAACUGAUCAUGAUGAUGAUCGUGGUAAAGAUGAUGACGGUGACGAGAACAAAAGACAACCAAACAACUCUGCUCCUGCUCCGUCUUCAUUGGACACCGCUGGCCUAUUAGGCCACACCCCUUGAAAACGCCUUACUGAGACUACAAACCUUGUUUUCAUCGUCGUCGUCGCCAUCAUGGUCGCCAAUCAUCUUAUCUUGCCUGCAAAGACUGAGUGCCAGGUAUUAUCACCCUUAGAAGACCAGAAAACUGUAAAGCUUGAACGUUCGGACUGUGCAAACCCCACUUUGCCAUGGACUGUUCCAACUGAAUGAAAAUGCUUUCUUACCACACAUCUACCAUGAUUCUCUCGUCCCAAAGCAGCGAGAUAAUCAGCCGACAUAGAACAGAAGUAACCUCGACACGCGUACGUUUGGCUGAAUCUCGGCCAAUCAAUUCACAGGGGUUUGUAAAAGAAGAAAAAAAUGAAGAAAUAAACAUUAGUAAUUAAUGAAGUCAUCAACCGCAUUAUCAUGACAGUAGAAAUGAUAAAUAGUGAUGAUGAGGUUCAAGCUGUAUAUUCAGUGGUGGAAAGGAGAAAUGUGGGAGGAUCUAAAAUGGCCACCUAACAAAUUGCGUCUCAACAGAAGCACUGGGCGCUUGUAGAAGUCUGAACGAUUGGGGGGAAAUGGAAUGAUGUUUAAAACAUGUGGAAUAAAAACAUUCAAGUUCAGCCUCCGUGAAAAAUUCAUCCAAAUAGAAAAAGAAAAAAGGCAAAUCAGCUCAUUGCUCUGUGCACGCUCGCCAACAGAGCGUUGUCCCAACCAGGAUGACUGGUCUUCGCUGGUGCACCUCAUUUAAACUGAACUAUAUGGAUCCAUAGGUACAAAUUCCUAUUUCUCUAAAAGUACAGACACUGAUGAACAGUUUGGUUGCCAUUUAAGAUCCUCCGUGUUUUCCAGUGGCCGGGGGGGGGGAAGGUUCUGUAUCAGAGAGCUUGCUUUUUAAAACUGUUGUAAAUAACUGCGUAGCAAAACAGAACUCACAUGUCUUUUUUAAAUCAUCUUAGAUAACAAUUCAUUGCAAUAAUGAAUAUAAGAAGAAAAUGCCACUACUUGUAAUUAAGAUACAAAUCUUUUUUUAUAAAUCUACAUAUUAUAUAUAAUACAAAUACAUAUAUAUAUCUAUAGAGAGCUAUAGAAAACAUUGAUCACUGAUUGUCAGAGGCUGUGGCCUACAUUCUGUUAUAUGGCUCUUUUUUCUUUUUUUUUUGAUAACCUGAGAAUAUGAAUAUGCCACAGUGUGUGUGUCCUACUCAACAUUGAAUGUCCAUCUGGUACUCACACGGACACACACACACCCACUAACACGUAGAAACGCACGCACACCGCUGCAUACACAGGGUCAACUCCGAGUGAUCACUACAGCACCAUGAGGGGGUUGGAUGAUUUUGUUUUUGCCUGUUUGUCUGUUCGGUUAUUCACUUCUUUUUCAUUGUCUAACAGUGUUUUUUAUCCCUGAAUAUCUUUGUUGGAUGAUACAGUUUGUACUCACCAGUAUUCAACACUGAAGUCCGUACAAAGAGACACAGGCCUCACGAGAGGAUGGGCCUCUGUCGAUUUCUGCACUGUAGGUAAAAAAGGCUGUCUGACACUUUAAAAGCGUAGCAUUUGCGUUGCAUUGCAUUACACCUGAGUGCUUUUUGUUGUUUGUCUUCUCGCCAAAUGUGAGUCAGGUCCAGUUUGAAAGCCAGGGUUCAGGAGGUUUGCACUUUGUUGAUUCAUCGUGCCAGACAUGAGCAAUCAAUCGAAUAUACAUUUUUACAACCUGUAAGGCAGCCUUCAAAUCUACUUACUGUCGACCUUAGGAAUAAGAACAUUUACAUGAUGCCUGCGUAGGAACUGUGUCUCUUGUCCGUGGGGAGGAAACAUUACGUUUUCUGUCCGGUCCUUGUUUUUCCUUUUCCUUAGGUCCCAACUUUCAAAUAUUACUUAUUUAGUGUCCUGUUCCUCUCUCCCUCGGCUUUCAUCUCCCUUCCUGUCCCACCGCGAGAAAUAACCCUUUGUGCAAAUGAUUUAUGCCCGGAUACAAAUUAUAAUAAUGGGCUAGAAAUGAACAGUACAACUCAAGAGACUAGUUGACAAUCUGAGUUUCAUUGCAUAACACAUGCGUCGUGCAUCAAAUGUACUCAAGUCAGACUAAGCAGAUAAAAGCAUAAAUAAUAAUAAGGUUAUAAGUAUUUCAAACGGCAUAUUCAAUCUUUAUGUCUGAAGCAAACAUGAUGGACAGUUUCCACACUUUCACCUGUUCUCAGCGCAGAGUAUAAGUGCAGCAACACUGCAGCACAUCCAGCUUGAGAGAAAUAGUGGGUUUCUGUAAUUGGAACAUUUGUGAGAGACAGCGAACCCUGAUCACUAGACCAGACACACAGGCAGUUUAACAGUACAUGACACGGUUGUGUUUUUUUUUUCUUUGCCACCUCCAGCACAUAAGAUUUCAUUCAUUGACAGCAAGAAGCUGACUGCUGGCUUUAACACUGUUCAUUUCUUCCUUUAUUUCUCUCUUUCCAUUUUGUUUCUUUUUCUAGUAAAAC